AUCUCAACUCCACCCAAUUGGCGAUCUCCUUUGGCGUGAGUUAUUAGGCGCUGGCUAAAACAAAGACUCCCCUAACAGCUAGCUAACUCCUCGUUAGUGUCGCCACCUUCAACUGCCCGCCUCUCUCUUUUAUUUUUUUUCAAUUUCUCUGGUCUCUCCUUCAACCCCAAAUCCUCUCUCAUUUUUCAUUCUGUUUUUUUGGUUUUCCUUUCACUUUAUUCAAAAUGUCAACAAUGGCUUCUACUACUUGUUUGGCCAAUUCAGCUGCAGCUUUAUCUUUGAAAUCUUAUCGACCAAACUCUCUCUCUCUUCCAAAAUCCAAUCUUCAAGCCAUCCAAUUCAAGAACAACAAAAACAACAAUAGCACUGCUCGUUUCACCGCAUUUUGUUCUUUGGAGGCCAAAGAUCCUAAACAAGACACUCCUAUUGAACUAAGAUAUGAGGCGUUUCCUACAGUUAUGGACAUUAACCAGAUUCGUGAGAUUUUGCCUCACAGGUUUCCAUUUCUUUUAGUGGAUAGAGUUAUUGAAUACAAACCUGGAGUUUCAGCUGUGGGUAUUAAGAAUGUUACUAUCAAUGACAACUUUUUUCCUGGACAUUUUCCUGAAAGGCCUAUCAUGCCUGGUGUUCUCAUGAUUGAGGCAAUGGCUCAGGUUGGUGGUUUGGUUAUGCUGCAACCAGCUGUGGGAGGCUCUCGUGACAAUUUUGUCUUUGCUGGUGUUGAUAAAGUAAGAUUCCGGAAACCAGUGAUUGCAGGUGACACGUUGGUUAUGAGAAUGAAUCUGGUGAAGCUACAAAAACGCUUUGGCAUUGCAAAGAUGGAAGGCAAAGCUUAUGUUGGAGGUGAAGUGGUGUGCGAGGGGGAGUUUUUGAUGGCUGCUGCUUUCAAUUAAGUUACUACUUUUUUAUGCAAGUAUUUUGCUGCAAUACAAAAUGAAGCAUAAAAUAAUUCUGAAAAAUUCAUUCAUACUGAGAGCCUUAUGGCCGGUUUUCUACUAGACGUUGGUACAUCUUUUUAUCUACAUCAGAUUCCCCUUUUGCCACCAAACAAGUUUUCUAAAGCUUUGAUACAUAGGUAUGUUGUAACGGAGAUGGGAAUAUUGUGGAAAGAAAAUAUUUCUCUUCUAUUUCUCACUGGUUACAACAUUGAAGUAUAUAAAGAAGGAACACCCAUAAUACUUUAGUGUCGUUUGAUUUAAGUGUAAUAAAGAUUACGUUGGUAAUUUAUUUUUUAUUAUUUA